AUGGCGUCCCUACUAGAUCCGCCAUUUUUUUCACAGCAAAGCCAAUCUAACAAGCGUAAGAGACUAGAAACCACAGAUGAAGAAUUCCCGAGCUCCUUGCCUACAGGCCCCAUCAACCCUUUGAGCCACUCACCUGGUGUAAUCGCACAGUUUGCCAUCGCAGGCCUCUCAGAAGCAGAUGAGGAUCCCUCGCAACGGAUUCGCGACUUUCCUCACCGUAGUCUUGUUGGACACGGUGCAUCCGCCGUUGAAGUCGAGAGCGAUGAGGAUCCAGAGACAGAAGGCGACGAAGCAGCACACCCGAAGUCGAAAAAGAACACCACCCGCAAGCGCGGCGGACACUUUGACGUUCUCCUGCAAUCUACUCACCAUUUUAUCGACCGGGGAGAAAUGGAAAAGGCAGCUCGCACCUACGGUCUGCUACUGCAAUUACGGCCGUCUGGUCUGCCCGUUGAUAUUCGGCAUCACGACCUUUGGGCCAUCGGCGCUGAAAUCCUGAUGCGUGAGGGUGAAGGCUCUGCCCGGGAACGUGAAGAAGACCAAGAGAAAUCACCAACGCCUACGAAGAGAUGGGGCCGAGCAGAAAAUAUGAGCAAAGUCAGAGCUUAUUUCGAUACACUUAUUCAACAGCAUCCAUACGACUACAAGACGCCCAAUAUUGUUUCAGCAUUCGAUUUCUGGAUUGCCAUGUUCAGUUGUGAAAUUUACAAUGCACACGCAGAGCAUACAUUGGCACUGGAACGAUUAAGUUCUGGCGCUGAAGAGGACUAUCGCCGCGAAUCGUUUGGCCAUGACGAUAGCUUUGGCAGUGAUGACACAGAAAGCUCUGAAGCAAGGCUGGUGCGGAAAAAAGAUGAGUUACGGCUUCAAGCACUAUCUGCCAUGCAGGAUAUCACGAAGAGGAUGGACGUAUUGAUACAAGACAUGCCAUACUCGAGAAAUCAGCAAUAUCUUCGCUUACGCGCAAUGGCCUCUCUCUACAUUGCAGACCUCGUUGUACCCAUCGGUCCAGGCUCAAUGCUCCAGACCCAACAAGGACAGCAAGCAAGACUAAUGGAGCAAGAUAGGGCUAGGAAGUCUCUGAUGAGGAUCGUGACAUAUGGAGGCGAACUUGACAAUGCUGCAUUAAGAGUUUUGAAUCCCUCUGAUGAUUCUGAAGGAGAUACUUCACUAUCACUAUAUUCUAGCCUUCCAAUAAGAGGGCUUUAG